UGAGGACUGAUGAUGAUGAUGUGUUGUGUAGGUACAAGGUGUCCGCGUCCCCGCUGUCCAAGCAGCUGCCCUCCCUGGUGUUGUUCCAGGGCGGGAAGGAGGUGAUGCGCCGCCCCCAGGUGGACAAGAAGGGAAGAGCCGUGUCCUGGAGCUUCACUGAGGAGAACAUCAUCCGAGAGUUCAACCUGAACGAGCUCUACCAGAAAUCCAAGAAGCUCAACAAGAGCAAAGGAGACAAGCUCAUGCAGUCCAAGUUCCCCCCCGUCCCCGAAGAGGACGAGCCCGAGCAGCCUGGGACCCCCGCUGAGGAGGGCGUGGUUGAGUCCAAGAAGGACAAAUAAGAUGGAUUGUACCACUCAGCUUGAGUUCCCCCCUGUCCCCUCAGUGUUCAGGUGUGGAUCAUGGUGUGCAUGAAAACAGCCACAGUAGCCCCCGCCUCUUUAACACUAGACCCCCAUAUAACCCCCGAUACAGCAGCUCUAUAAAGAUACAGAGCUGCAGAGGAGACUAGUUUCUGGGGGGGUGCUAAAACCUGCUCCAGUAUAUUUCAUUGUAAGCCCCCCCCCCCUGUGUGAGGGUUGAAGGGAUGCUCUGGCUCUGUCCCUUUAUAGCUGUGAAUCUGAGUGAGGCGGGACUUCUUACUAACUGGCAGUAAGGAAGCACAGAAUGUGAUGCUACUUUGUUGUUCUACAUUUGUAUUCAACUAAUUUAAUUAGAGUAGAUUUUUGAUGAUUUUCUGAAUAACUGUACAUUAAUGUAAACACAAACAAUACAUUUCCAGUGAUUGGAGCGCUGGUUACACGUUAACAUGAGUCGGGUGGUGACGGAACUCAGAACCAGCUGUUGCUUUGUAUUCGGUGUACAAGCGUUCUCUUUUAUACUGAUGUUUUUUACUUUUCUUUUGCCAACAAGCUCACCUUUAUUUUUCUGUUGUUAGUUAUACGCGCUCAGUGGUACUCCGUGUUCUACAGUUUAUCGCUUUGGUUACAAUAACUGUUCUAAAUGACUAUUGUUUUGUUGACAACAUCCUCAGGAUGAAAAGCAGCAUAACUGAACAGUUUUCCUCUGGGAGAUGCUAUUAUGGUCGGUCUCUCCGGCACCGUCAUGCUGCUGUGUGCACAGAGACUGUCCUGCACACUGAUUGGCUGAAUCCUGAUACUGUUGUCAGGUUAGCAUCAUGAUGUAUUUGUGCAGUCUGUUCCUAAUAACACACUUCCUCUUUACUCUAGAUUUAUUUCACAUAAUUUCCCGCUAACAUUCCUCAUCAUGAUUUUGAGCUUUUUUCCUCUUGUAGUAAACUGUUAACAUACGCAUACAGGAAGUGUUUGAAUGAGCUUUUUGAGACACUGUGACUUUAUUCCUUAAUCAUUUUUUAAUAAUUUUGUAUUGUACGCUUAUUGUGAUUUUGAUUUGACCUUUUGUCAUGUUGCAUUUCAUUUGAGCUGCAUUCCAAGGCUGUGUGAAUCUGCUGCUGUAUAUGAAGGGAGGAGCCUGUUUGUUUUUCAUGCAAUAAAACAAUGUGUACAUGAA